CAAACCAAAGCCAAACAAAGUUUACUGACAGUUAUUCAAUGCAAUGAGUGAGUGGUAGAUUUUAGAAAGAUUGAAUUUUAUUGACUGUGAUGGUAUUUCUACUGCUGAAGUACUGAAAUUGUAAUUACGUAUACAGUGAUGUGUUAGAGGCGCGUGACCGUAAAAUAAAUCUGAUUAAUAUUAAGUAUUAAUAAUGUUUAGUAGUUAAGCGUAAGAUUAAACCAGUGACAAUCAUGGCGCAGCGAUUUCCUUCGAGCGGUCCAAAUCCUACUCCUCCUCCGGGGGCAAUGCAGCCGCAACAACGCUACCCGGGACCCGCCCAGCCGCAGGGCUCCCCAAUGCCUCCGAGACCCUAUCCAGGACCCAACUUUCCUCAGGCGCGUAGCGGGUUUACUCCGCCUCCGGUGGGUGCCGUGGGCGCCGUAGGUGCCGGUGGCGUGGGCGCGGCGGGUACAGGAGUAGGGGUACCCGGAGGGCGCGCGGCGGGCGGGGCCGCGUACGGCGGCGGCGCAGCCCCCGGCGCGCCGGGCCCCGGGCCGCACGCGGGCCCCGGCGGGCCGCACCCAGGCCCGGCGGGGCCUCCCGGCAUGAGGCCCGCGCCUCCUGCCCCGCCACCGCCCGUCAAGCGGCCGCCCGAUGCCCGAGCUUCUAUUCCUCCGCAGCACAAGCCCGGCCUUUAUAACCCCGAGGCGUACGGGUCGGGCGCGGGUGCCGCCAAGCGCAAGAAGCGGCUCGCCGACAAGAUCCUGCCGCAGAAGGUGCGCGACCUGGUGCCCGAGUCACAGGCCUACAUGGACUUGCUGGCCUUCGAGCGUAAGCUCGACGCCACCAUCAUGCGCAAGCGUCUCGACAUCCAGGAGGCUCUCAAGCGGCCUAUGAAGCAGAAGCGGAAGCUCCGGAUAUUCAUCUCCAACACUUUCUAUCCAGGUCAGGGCGACAACGCCGUGCCUUCGUGGGAGUUGCGGGUCGAGGGGCGCCUUCUCGAUGACACCAAGAAUGAUCCGAACAAAGUGUUGCAGGUGAAGCGCAAGUUUUCGUCGUUCUUUAAAUCGUUAGUGAUAGAACUAGACAAGGAGCUGUACGGUCCAGAUAAUCACCUGGUAGAGUGGCACCGCACCCUCACCACGCAGGAGACUGACGGUUUCCAGGUGAAGCGGCCGGGCUACAAGAACGUGCGCUGCACCAUCCUGCUGCUGCUGGACUACCAGCCGCUGCAGUUCAAGCUGGACCAGCGGCUGGCGCGGCUGCUGGGCGUGCACACGCAGACGCGGCCGGUCAUCGUGAACGCGCUGUGGCAGUACGUGAAGACGCACCGGCUGCAGGACCCGCACGAGCGCGAGUACGUGCUGUGCGACAAGUACCUGGAGCAGAUCUUCGGCGCGGCGCGCAUGAAGCUGGCCGAGGUGCCGGGCCGCCUGGGCGCGCUGCUGCACCCGCCCGACCCCAUCGUCAUCAACCACGUCAUCGCCGUCGAGCCGCCGCACGACGCCAAGCAGACCGCCUGCUACGACAUCGAUGUCGAGGUGGAUGACACACUUAAGACUCAGAUGAACAACUUCUUGUUAAGCACUGCUAACCAGCAGGAGAUCCAGGGACUUGACUCAAAGAUACACGAGACUGUGGACACAAUAAACCAGCUGAAGACGAAUCGCGAGUUCUUCUUGAGCUUCAGCAUGGAUCCGCAGCAGUUCAUCCAGAAGUGGCUGGUGUCGCAGUCGCGCGACCUGAAGGGCAUGGGGCUGGGCGCGGGCGGCGCGGAGGAGGAGCGGCGCGGCGCGCUGUACGCGCAGGCGUGGGCGGGCGAGGGCGUGGCGCGCUACCUCACGGCGCGCCUGGCGCAGCGCCGCCGCGAGCUGGAGCUGGCGCUGCACCCGCCGCACGCGCCGCACGCGCCGCACCAGCCGCACCAGCCGCACCCGCAUCUGCAGCGUCUGUAGCGCCUGUAGCGCGCCUAGCGUCCCACAAUAAACUGUACUUCUCUA